ACAACCGUCGAUCAAUCCCCCAUUGGAUCGCUCCUCGCCAGUCGCCAUAGCCCCUCUCCUCUUUCUCAUCCAUUCUUUGGAUAAACCCUCUUAAAACCCUCGAAAAUUGUAAUUUUGAACUAUGUUAAUUACCAGGAGAUGAAGCGAGUGUUCAAAAUCUCGGAUGCAGCCCAAUCAGAGCUGCUUUGCCGCCACAGAUCCCCUACUAUCUCCCUAAAUUUGUCCCCUUUAACUUACGGCCUCACCGAGUCCCCAGUUUACAGACUUGCCCGAGCGCAGACUCAUACUUCGCUGCCCUCCAAUUUUUUCCCUUACAUUAUCCCGCUUUUUUCUGACAAAUUCUCUCAAGUUGAAACCAAAGCCAGCCAGGAUUUGAGCAAAAAGGUGUCCCUUUUGCGGGACGAAUUGGUUCAACAUGUUGGGGAUUUUGAUAAGGUUAUUGGGGUUUUAGAGGAGAAGGGUGACUCGUUGAUUAGGAGGUAUUUCGAUGGGUCCGCUUUUAUAGAGCUCAUGAAGCAGUUGAUUUCUUGGCGUCAAUUAGCCUUAGAGGUUUUAAGUUGGAGAAGAAAACAAGCUGAGAGGAGCACUCCUAUGACACCAGAGGAGUAUGCCAAGGGUAUCUCAGUUGCUGGUAGGGCAAAGAAUGUUGAUCUUGCAGUUGAGCUGUUUGCUGAGGCUAGUAGCAAGCGUGCUAAGAGAACUUGUACCUAUAAUGCACUGAUGGGUGCUUACAUGUACAACGGUCAUGCUGAUAAAUGUCUGUCGUUGUUUCGUGAAUUGAAAAAGGAAGUAAAUUUUGGUCCUUCAGUUGUAACAUAUAACAUCCUUAUAUCAGUCUUUGGUCGCUUGUUACUGGUUGAUCAGAUGGAGGCAACAUUUGAGGAGUUGAAGCAUUUAAAUAUCUUGCCAAACUUGAUCACGUACAAUAAUUUAAUUGCCGGUUACAUCACUGCUUGGAUGUGGGAUAGAAUGGAAAAUAUUUUUCAGAUAAUGAAGGAAGGUCCUAUUAAGCCUAAUCUUAACACGUACUUGCUAAUGCUUAGAGGCUAUGCACAUUCUGGGAAUUUGGGAAAGAUGGAAGACACUUAUGAAUUGGUAAAAGAUCAUGUAAAUGUCCAUGAAAGGCCUUUGAUCAGGACCAUGAUAUGUGCAUAUGGUAAAAGUUCAAGCACUGAUAGAAUCAAAAAGAUUGAAGCACUAUUGAGGCUUAUUCCAGAAAAGGAAUAUAGACCUUGGUUGAAUGUCUUGUUGAUUAGGGUUUAUGCGCAGCAGGAUCUGUUAGAGGGAAUGGAGAACUCUAUAAAUGAGGCAUUCCGGCAAAAGACCACUGUAACAACCACCAGAGUGAUGCGGACCAUUAUUGCAAGCUAUUUUAGAUGCAAUGCAGUUGACAGACUUGCAGCCUUUGUAAAACACUCUGAAUAUGCAGGAUGGAAAAUCUGCCGCUCUCUAUAUCAUUGUAAAAUGGUUAUGUAUGCAUCACAAAAGCGCUUGGAUGAGAUGGAAAGUGUCCUUGAUGAGAUGGAGAAAUUCAACUUGGACCGCACAAAAAAGACAUUUGUGAUAUUGUAUAAAGCCUAUUUAAUGUGUGGUCAAAGGUACAAGGUGGAGCAAAUAAUAGGUUUGAUGUACAAGCAUGGACAUGGAAUUCCUCGAGGUGCAUCUCCAUCAUAACAUCCCUACUGACAUGGUUGCAUAUCAUGGAUCACAAAUUGCAGAAGGCAUUCAGCUGAUUGUGUGAAUUGUUCAUCAAAACUUAAUAUGGAUUGAAAUAUCCAGUGAUUCAAGAAAACUUGGUACGUUGGGUGAUGGACAGUAACUGCGAGAAUGCUGAAUGCUUGCAGAAAUUGAAAUAAAAUUCAGCAAGAUGUGCAGGGUGAUGUACUUUUUUGUGUUAAAUUCUGUCCAGCCUCCUGGAUCCAGUCCAGAUGGGCUAAAUUAUGUUCAUAUUACAAAAGCUGAGAAUAGGGUGAACUUUUGCCUUUGGUUCUUGGAGAUACGCAUUUGGGUUAACCUUGCAAGAGAUACUAUUGUUUGCUUAUCAUCGCCUGUGAGCAAAAUCGUAGCUUGUGGGAAUGAAUGUAUCCAUUGAGUUAAGUUUUGUAGGUUACAACUGAAUAAAUCAAGAAGUUUAGUUUUCUUUAUUGAUGAAGUUGUUUUGUAGAAUAUUUAUUAUCUGGUAUUCUGGGACCUGAUUCUUACAAUCCCAAUUUAGACACAACAAAUUUUUGUUAACGUGUGACAUUUUUUUCUA